AUGGCGAAUAUCAUGACCGUUGCCCCGGAGCCAAAGAGCCUCCUCGGGUAUCACCGCCAGCUUGCUCCAAACGCCGCAGUGAAAGUGAGCCCUCUUUGUCUCGGAUCCAUGGGAUUCGGAAAUACGCUUAGUACCUUGAUGGGGGCAUGCGACAAGGAUGUGUCUUUCAAGAUGCUGGAUUUCUUCUAUGAGAAUGGCGGCAACUUCAUUGACACAGCCAACGUGUACCAGAACGGCGAAUCCGAACUCAUCGUCGGUGAAUGGAUGAAGCUGCGAGAAAACCGUGACGAGGUUGUUCUCGCAACCAAAUAUACCUCUUCCUGGCAAAUGGCCAAUCCAAAGGUCAAGAUUCAGUCGAAUUUUGGCGGCAACAAUAAAAAAGCGCUCAUGUCGGCCUUCCAAGCAAGUCUGGAAAGGCUGCAGACCGAUUUUGUGGACAUCUUUUAUGUUCAUUCUUGGGACUUUACAACGACAGUGCCCGAGAUAAUGCAUACACUUCAAGACCUUGUCUCCGCUGGAAAAGUUCUCUACCUCGGUAUAUCGAACACGCCAGCGUGGAUUGUUUCGAAAGCAAAUGAAUAUGCACGAUAUCAUGGGUUGACACCUUUCUCUGUUUACCAAGGACAAUGGUCUGCCGCAGAGCGUGAUGUCGAGCGUGAUAUUAUCCCCAUGUGCAAUGACCAAGGCAUGGCGUUUAUUCCCUACGGGAAGACAAUCAUGGCCGAUACGCUGGAUGAGAUCGCACGAGAAAGAGGAACCAAGCUCACUAGUGUUGCGCUUGCUUGGGCUCGACUGAAAGAGCCAUAUAUUUUUCCUGUCGUUGGAGGCAGAAAGAUCGAGCACCUGGAUGCCAGUAUUGAGGCAUUAGGCAUGACUCUCAUGCCAGAGGAGGUUGAAACGAUUGAAAGUGCCGUACCUUUCGACUUUGGGUAUCCUCAGACAUUGCUUGGUGGUCCAACUGGUGCCACCAAAGCAGCAGAUGUCUGGCUAACCCGACGAUAUGGACAUUUUGACUGGGUUUCGAAGCCGCAGGCGCCGGCGGCCCGUCAAAAUUAA